AUAAAAACAAAGAUAAAAAGGAUAAAAAGAAAACUGAGGGUGAAACCAAAGGUAAAACUGAGAGUAAAAAAAAAGAUAAAGCCGAGGGUCAAACCAAAGGGGAAACUAAAGGUGAAACCAAAGGUGAAACCAAAGGUGAAACCAAAGGUGAAACCAAAGGGAAAACUGAAGGUGAAACCAAAGGUGAAACUGAAGGGGAAACCCAGGGGGAAACUGAAGGGGAAACUGAAGGUGAAAAGAAAAGUCAAACUGAGAUAGAACUAGAGUUAUUCCUGAAAAAUUAUUUAUUUUUUCAAUUUAGAGAGGAUGAGGAUGUUACUUUUAAUCAAGGCCUUUUCCAAGAUCUCCAGAUCUAUUGUCUCUUGCUUAGAAUGCUAAAUCGAAAAAAAAAUGAUGCUAUCAUGGAUUCAAAGGGAAAAGUUAAAUUUGGGUCUAAUGCCACAGAUGAAUCAGGAAGAGAGUAUUCAAGAUUCAAAAAAUUCAAAAAGAAAUGUUCCAGAUUCAAAACAGAGUGUUCCAGAUUCAAAACAGAGUGUUCCAGAUUCAAAAAAUUCAAAAAGAAAUGUUCGAGAUUCAAAACAGAGUGUUGCGGAUUCAAAAGAGAGUGUUCCAGAAUUUUUAAAAAGGACGGGAUUUUUGGUUGACCCCCUUCCGCUGUCUAUCAAACCAAACGGAGAAUUUCUUAUGUAUCAAACCAUAGUUCUUUCAUUGGUUCAUAAGAGUAAAGAAAUUCUUAAUCAAAAAUACGUAAAACAACGAAUAAUUCGCGCUGAAGAGAACAAUAAUUGUGAUCCGCUUCUUAUUGAAAAUAUUUUAUCAUCUAGGCGUCGUAGAGAAUUAAGAACUCUAAUUUGUUUCAAUUCAAACAAAUGGAAUGGCGUGGAUGCAAAUUCUCUAGUUUCCAACAAAAAUCAAGUUUGGGAGGAAAGUAACCCUCGGCAUAAGGAUCCGAAUAAAUUGAUUGAAUUUUUUUCUUUGGCCUAAUUAUCGAUUGGAAGAUUUAGCUUGUAUGAAUCGUUAUUGGUUUAAUACUAAUAAUGGGAGUCGUUUCAGUAUGUUAAGGAUCCAUAUGUAUUUACCAUUGAAAUUUAAUUGGUGGAAAUUUAAUUGAUAGUAGUACUAUCUACCCUCUAGCAGGGUAGAUGGUACCAGGUUAGAUGAAAAGCAAUGAAUGGAAAUAUACCUUAUUUUAAUUUGUAUCUAACUGAAUCGAGGAUACCAUAUAUUUAUUUAGAUCUAUAUAGAUACUUUCUCCCUCAUCCAAAGAAUAUUAAGUUGAAAUAAUUCACUUUUAUUUUAUUAAUGAACCCGAAAAGAGAGGGUUUUCUUUUGAUUUGAAUUGAUAGACUUAGUUAGAAGAAUUCUUUUUUAGCAAUAAAUGUCUUUCACAUCCAGUGAUAACCUGUAAAUCAUUUUAAAUGGCAGUUCCAAAAAAAACGUAUUUCGAAAGCCAAAAAGCGUAUUCGUAAGAACAUUUGGAAAAGAAAGACUAUUGAGGUAAGAUUAAAAGCUCUUUCAUUAGCAAAAUCUCUUUUAACGGGUAAGUUUACAAGUUUUUUUUACAAAAAAAAUAAAAAAACAUUGGAUUCAUUUCUGUCAAGUUGAUUUCUUGUAUAAUAUUUCUUCUUUUUUCUUAUCAUUUUCUUUCUUUAUUUUUCGUUAGUUCGUUUUAGUUACUAAUCAAUUAUUUCAUAUCUAUGAAAUAAAUCUAUAACUUAAUUAUAAAAAAUUAUUUUAAAUGCAUAUUAUAUAUCAAUGAAGGGAGUUCAUUUAGUUUAUGAUAAAAAACUUAUCUCUUUCGACUAUUUAUAAAAACCAAAACCAACAAAACAGAGGUUCCGUUGAAUUUCAAAUAUGGAAUUUCACCAAUAGAAUACACCGGCUUACUUCCCACUUGAAAUUGCAUAAAAAAGACUAUUUAUCUCAAAAAGGUUUACGUAAAAUUUUGGGGAAACGACAA